AUGACGAUCAUCCUUCAAUCCCUGCAACCUUGUCAGGUACCAACUUGGCGGACCUUUUCCACCUCGUAAACAGGCACUGCCACACAAGAGUGGGCUGAUACAAAAGCACUGAAUGCCGUAGGUUUUUGUGGUUCCUUCUUGUUCAUCAUACCCUGCUCUCCAUCCACCAGCACAGCAUUACCCUCCAGCUGCACAAUCAUCUCAAAUUGCUGCUACCUUCAACCGGUCUCAAUCCCAAAAACCAAGAUGCGCUUCAUCCUCAUCACCGCUCUCGCCGCCUUUGCCGCCGCACAAAGCACCACCUCGAUGAGCGGCAGCGCAACCGGCAGCAUGACCGCCUCCUCUUCAGCUGCACCCUCCUGCGGUGUGGGCCAAUCGACCUGCAAUGGCGUCUGCUUCGAUAGCACCGAAUACACCUGCUGUUCCGCUGGGCUUUGCGCAAGUGGCAGCUACUGCGGUCAAGACAGCUCCGGCAACGUCGCCUGUUGCGCUCAGAACACUGCUGGAACCUGCUCUGCUGCCUCGACGCCUACCUCGCUUUCGCGUGGAGCCACCGCUUCGUCAGGCGCCGCGUCAGCGACCUCAUCAUCGGCUAGUGGAAGCAAGACUUCCAGUUCUUCAUCGACGGCCUCAGGCUCUCAGAGCAGCGGCGCAAGCACUGCGACUUCUUCGGGUGCUGCUGCUGGCCAUGCCGACUCAUGGCUCUCCAACGCCGUCACCUAUGCCGCUGGCGGCCUCGUCGCUGCUUUGAUCUAAGCCGCUGCCACAAGAGCACUGAAAAAGAGCUUGGGACACACCGGGAUACAAUGGCUGGAACAAUUUACUUUCUCUGUUUAUACUUGAUUCGUAUCACUUUACAUACUUUCUUCUUGCCCCUCGUCAUAAUCUCUAGUGACCGACCAACUUCUGGUUGGCCUCGCUGUAUCUGUUGCCGUGGGGCUUCGCGCUGUCGACAAUCUUCCUCAUCUCGGCCUUCUCUUCCUCGUUCAG